GCACGCACAGCAGGUAUCUUCUGGUCUCCAAACCCCAUCCCCUGCGCUUACAAAGGAGUGUUGCCAUGGUGGAUGUGAGUAAGUGGCCUCUCUUCACGCUCUUGAGUGCACAGGAGCUCGCCUCCAUACGACAGGCAUGCAUCUUUGGGGCAUCUGCGAAUGAGGCCAUCUACAUCACCCACGAUGACGAAGUGUACGUGUUGGGUUUGAACUGCAGUAAUUGUCUGGGCACUGGAGACAGUCAGAGCACAAUUGUUGCUAAAAAGCUGGACUGUCUGACUGGGAAGAAGCUGGUCAGUUUGAGCUAUGGCAGUGGCCCUCAUGUUCUGCUGGUUUGUGGCUUCACCUUUAAGGGGGAGUUGUAUGCAUGGGGGCAUAAUGGAUACAGUCAGUUGGGCAAUGGGACGACCAAUCAAGGUGUGUCCCCUAUUUUGGUGACUACUAACCUGCAGAACAAGAAGGUGACUGAGGUGGCCUGUGGUUCGCACCACUCUUUGGCACUGACCCAUGAGGGUGAGGUGUUUGCAUGGGGCUAUAACAACUGUGGUCAGGUGGGUUCAGGGUCCACCGCCAACCAGCCAACACCUCGCAAGGUGUCCAACUGUCUGCAGAAUAAAGUGAUGGUCAGUAUAGCUUGUGGACAGACUUCAUCCAUGGCUGUGGCGGAUAAUGGCGAGGUUUAUGGCUGGGGUUACAAUGGUAAUGGCCAGCUAGGGUUAGGCAACAAUGGGAACCAGCUGACGCCGAGUCGUUUGAUUGGACUACAAGGCCUCUGUGUGCUGCAGAUUGCGUCAGGUUACGCUCAUUCUCUAGCACUGACUGAUGAGGGUCUACUGUAUGCAUGGGGGGCCAACACUUACGGCCAGCUGGGCACCGGCAACAAGAGCAACCAGCUCAGCCCUGUACAGGUCAUGACUGAGAAAGAAAGGAUUGUGGAGAUCGCCGCCUGCCACUCCACACACACCUCUGCGGCGAAGACCCAGAGCGGUCAGGUGUACAUGUGGGGGCAGUGCCGCGGACAGUCCAUCGUGCUGCCACACCUCACACACUUCAGCAGCACAGACGACGUCUUCGCCUGCUUCGCCACGCCGUCUGUGAUGUGGCGGCUGCUUUCCAUGGAGCAUGAUGACUUCCUGACUGUGGCCCAGUCUCUUAAAAAAGAGUUUGACAAUCCUGAGACCUCAGACCUCAAAUUCAGCGUCGACGGGAAGUACAUCCAUGUCCAUAAAGCCGUUCUCAAAAUCAGGUGUGAGCACUUCAGAUCAAUGUUUCAGUCACACUGGAAUGAGGAUAUGAAGGAAGUGAUUGAGAUCGACCAGUUCUCGUACCCGGUGUACCGCUCUUUUCUGGAGUUCCUCUACACCGACAGUGUGGAUCUUCCUCCUGAAGACGCCAUUGGGUUACUGGAUCUGGCAACCUCAUACUGUGAAAACAGGCUGAAGAAGUUGUGCCAGCAUAUCAUAAAGAGAGGAAUCACGGUGGAGAACGCUUUCUCUCUGCUGUCUGCUGCCAUCAGAUACGAUGCUGAGGAUCUAGAGGAGUUCUGUUUUAAAUUCUGUGUGAACCACUUGACUGAGGUCACACAGACAGCUGCGUUCUGGCAGAUCGACGGCAACAUGCUGAAGGAGUUUAUCUGCAGAGCCAGCCACUGUGGAGCCUUCAAAAACUGACUUGGCCACCAGAUACACGCGUGCUCCGUUCAGUGUAUUAGUCAAGGAACGCAUCUGCUACUGCAGCCAGUCCUCCUCACAGCUAGUGGGCGCUGUGACACCAGACAGUCAUUAACACACAGCACCCCCUGUUGAGCAGGAGAGGAACUCUUUCAUAAUAGACAACAUUCAUAAAGAAGGCUCAAUGUCUGUCUCAUGCACAACCAUUUUGUACUCAUCUGUUGCCUGAGAUAGUCAGCCAGAUGGGACAUUCCCAUUCAUGUUUUAGACAUAUUGCCUAGUGCUAAUAAAUAAUUUCUUGUGCUGCAGAUGAGAAGAGUGUUGUAAUAAAAUAGAAGUGAGUUUGGGUCAAACAGAGGCAUAAUUUAACUCUAUUACUUAAACAUGCACCACUGAAAAGCAGACAAAGAGACUAAUUCGAUCUUUUUGUUUGUCCCUUACGCUUUAUUGCAUGGUUAAUAUUAAAUAGAGGUCACUAAUUACUUAUUUUUGUUCUUCCAGUGAUGCUGUGCAUUACAAGUUGCUCUUUUUUUAUUGUAUUGUAUUGGCUGGGAUCUGUUAAUCUGCAUUCUAUUGGAUACAGUCAGCAGACCUUAUUGAUGUGGCUCCUUAUGUUUUUCAGUUAUUGUUGUUUAAAUGUUAUUGACCAAAAGAAUUUCUACUAUAUGAUGUUUUAGUUUUUUUUUGCUUGAUUUGAGGCUUAAAAUGUAGGCCGUUUUUUCACAGAUUAGGAAGACCACUAUCUGUUAUCGCUUCAUUCAGGAACUGCUGUUGCACUUAACCAGUCUGAUGUUUAAGUUUGCUAAAAUAUAAAGAGUAUUAUAGUUGCACUAGUUGUUUCCUGUGCAGGAGCUGCUCAUAUAAGAUCACUAGAGGGUGUAUAUGAAUUUUUACAGUUGCACCUUUUUAAUAGGUGUGAAACACUUAGAUUUAGUAAUACUAAUGCCUAUGGUAAGUUUUUUUUUGUUACACAUUAACCAACUGUAUUUGUUUUUCACAUGUAUAUACUGUACAGGUUUUGCAUUAGCUUUGUAAAUUAAUCUGUGCACAUUGUGUGCCACAGUGUCUCUUGUAAGGUAAAAAAAAAAAACCAAGAUAUUAUAAAGAUAAAUAAAGCUUUUCUUAUAGGUUG